AGAAUAUUACUUUGCAGAAAAUUAAUAUUUUCGCACACUGAAAAUAUUAAUUCUAUAAAUCGUGUUACGUUUGACUAUGACAAUGCGGACGUUAUAUACGUUAAUAAUUUUGACUGUUAUUGGAAGCAUUUUUGAAAGAACACCUGUUGAAGCAAAACCAUAUGAAGUAGAAAGAGACUUGCAGAAUCCUCUCUUCAGCAGAAAUCUUAGAAAUAGAUUACGAAACAAUAUAGAAGAAACCGAUGACGUUAAUAUCAAACGCGACAAUGACGACGACGAUCACACAACUGAAAACGGCAUCAAUAUUGAUGAUGACAUCAUUCCCGAUACUCCCGACAUUCCUGACAUUAUUGAUGGAUAUAAAAUCCAUAAUUUUUUGUUUAGCAAAGAUAGUGAACCAAGAGGUUGGCAGAAUAUAGAAGGAAACGAUGACAACAACAAUAACGACGAUGAUGACAAUGGCGACGACAACGCGAAUAGCGAAGUCGAUAAUGCGAACGGCUGCGGCGACAACGCGAAUGGUGGCGACGACAACGCGAACGGCGGCGACGACAACGCGAACGGCGGCGACGACAAUGCGAACGGCAGCGAUGGCGAUGACGACAAUAGCGGUGGCAAUGGAAUUUCGUUUGGCAGAGCUGCUAAAAAUAGCAUGUUGAAUAAUAUAGAAGAAAACAAUUUCAACAACAAACAAUAUAACAACAAUAACAAUGACUACGUUAACGACGACGAUGACGAUGACGAUGACGAUGACGACAACGGCAACAAUCAAAACAGCAACAGGAAUAACGGAAUACGUGAUUUAUGGUCUAGCAAAGAUUCUGAAAAUAGCUUACGAAAUAAUGUAAAAGAAAACAACAAAUACAACAACAAUGACGACGACGACGACGAUAAUAAUGACGAUGACGACGACGACAACACCGGAAGCAACGGCAAUUACCAAAACGGCCACGGCAAAAACGGAAUUCAUACUUUACGGUCUGGCAGAGAUUCUAAAAAUAGUUUACGGAAUAAUGUAGAAGAAAACGACAAAUACAACCACCAUAAUGACGAUGACGACGACGACGACGACGACGACGACGACGACGACGAUGACAACGCCGCCGGCAACAGCUACAACCAAAAUAGCCACGGCAUGCAUAACGGAAUGUUUAGUGAUGUUUUGUUCGGCAGAGAUCUUAAAAAUAGCUUACGGAAUAAUGUAGAAGAAAAUUACAACAACAAUGACGACGAUGACGACGACAACGAUGAUGACGAUGAUAACGGCGGCGGUAAUGCUGGCGGCGGCAACGGCAAAAAUCAAUACUAAUAACGAUAAAGGAAUUCGUAAUUUUUGCUUAAAUAAAAUAUAAUUAAUUAAGUUAAAUAAAAAUAAAUUAUAC